ACGGAUAUAUAAGCGUUGGCGGAGCGUCGGUUGUAGCACUCUGCGCGCCCGUUCUUCGGCUCUUGCGUCCGUCCUUCCGCCCGCGCCGCCGCCGCCGCCGCCGCCAUGAGGGAGAUCGUGCACCUGCAGGCCGGCCAGUGCGGCAACCAGAUCGGCGCUAAGUUCUGGGAGGUGAUCAGUGACGAGCAUGGCAUCGAUCCUACCGGCACUUACCACGGCGAUAGCGACCUGCAGUUGGAGCGGAUCAACGUGUACUACAACGAGGCCACCGGUGGCAAGUAUGUGCCCCGAGCUGUGCUCGUGGACCUGGAACCGGGCACCAUGGAUUCCGUGCGCUCGGGACCCUUCGGUCAAAUCUUCAGGCCAGACAACUUCGUUUUCGGUCAGAGUGGUGCCGGGAAUAACUGGGCCAAGGGGCACUACACGGAAGGUGCAGAGCUGGUCGACUCGGUCUUGGAUGUCGUGAGGAAGGAGGCCGAGAGCUGUGACUGCCUGCAGGGCUUCCAGCUGACCCACUCCCUGGGCGGGGGCACCGGGUCUGGGAUGGGUACCCUCCUCAUCAGCAAGAUCCGGGAGGAGUACCCCGACAGGAUCAUGAACACGUUCAGUGUGGUGCCCUCGCCCAAGGUGUCGGACACGGUGGUGGAGCCUUACAACGCCACCCUCUCGGUCCAUCAGCUCGUAGAGAACACAGACGAAACCUAUUGCAUUGAUAACGAGGCCCUCUAUGACAUCUGCUUCAGAACCCUAAAACUGACCACUCCUACCUAUGGGGACCUCAACCACCUGGUGUCAGCCACCAUGAGCGGGGUCACCACCUGCCUGCGCUUUCCCGGCCAGCUCAAUGCUGACCUGCGCAAGUUGGCUGUCAACAUGGUCCCCUUCCCCCGCCUGCAUUUCUUCAUGCCCGGCUUCGCCCCACUGACCAGCCGAGGCAGCCAACAGUACCGGGCCCUGACGGUGCCCGAGCUCACCCAGCAGAUGUUCGAUGCGAAGAACAUGAUGGCUGCCUGUGACCCCCGCCACGGCCGCUACCUGACCGUGGCCGCAGUGUUCAGGGGUCGCAUGUCCAUGAAGGAGGUGGACGAGCAGAUGCUGAACGUCCAAAACAAGAACAGCAGCUACUUCGUCGAGUGGAUCCCCAACAACGUGAAGACCGCCGUCUGUGACAUCCCGCCCCGGGGGCUGAAAAUGUCCGCCACCUUCAUCGGCAACAGCACGGCCAUCCAGGAGCUGUUCAAGCGCAUCUCGGAGCAGUUCACGGCCAUGUUCCGGCGCAAGGCCUUCCUGCACUGGUACACGGGCGAGGGCAUGGACGAGAUGGAGUUCACCGAGGCCGAGAGCAACAUGAACGACCUGGUGUCCGAGUACCAGCAGUACCAGGACGCCACGGCCGAGGAGGAGGGCGAGUUUGAGGAGGAGGCAGAGGAAGAGGUGGCCUAGAGCUGACACCCGGUAAAGCACGCGGAAGCUGUGUGAACUCUUUAUUCGCUCACGGUCUGUUCUCUGAUAGCCAUGUCUCUGUGUGCACUUGCUCUUUUCCUUGUCUUGACGUCACAUGCUGUACAGACGCCACCAUUAAAGCAUUUUCAUAGUG